UCAUCUGACUGCGCAUGCGCCGGUCAGUCUCACUGUCACCUGAAAGAUGGCGGCGUCCGUAUGCAGAGCCGGAGGAGCGGCGGCCAGAGCGCUGCUGAGCGGGCGCUCGCCCUCCGCGUUGGGUCUGAAGGGCAGCCGUAGUGCUGUGUCCUAUGCCCAGGCUUUAAGUAACGUUCCCGAUACUCAGAUCACCACCCUGGACAAUGGACUGCGCAUCGCCUCUGAAGAGUCCGGCCAGCCAACCUGCACAGUUGGUGUGUGGAUCGGAGCCGGCAGCCGCUAUGAAACUGCUAAAAAUAACGGUGUUGCAUAUCUUUUGGAACAUCUGGCAUUCAAGGGUACCAAGAAGCGUCCGCAGGCAACUCUGGAGCAGGAAGUGGAGAGUAUUGGUGCCCAUUUAAGCACGUACACCACACGAGAGCAGACUGCCAUCUACAUUAAAGCCCUGUCCAAGGAUCUUCCUAAAGUGGUGGAGAUCCUGGCUGAUGUGGUUCAAAAUAACAGUCUGGAGGACUCUCAGAUGGAGAACGCUAGGCAGGUCAUGCUGCAAGAGAUGCAGGAAAUUGAUAACAACUUGCAAGAUGUGACUUUUGAUUACCUGCAUGCAACAGCCUAUCAGGGCACCCCUCUCAGCAAAAGUGUUCUGGGACCUUCAGAAAAUGCAAAGAGGCUUAUGCGGGCUGAUCUUCUUGAAUACAUCAACGGCAAUUACAAGGCACCACGCAUGGUGCUGGCAGCAGCUGGAGGAAUCGACCACAAGGAGUUGUGUGAGCUCGCACAGCGACACUUCAGCGGCCUCUCCACACAGUAUGAAAAAGACGUCAUUCCUUUGUUGACCCCGUGCAGGUUCACUGGAAGUGCACUCUUCUCCCGCAAUGAUGACUUACCCAUGGCUCACGUUGCUAUCGCUGUGGAAGGGCCUGGGUGGAACAGCAGUGAUAAUGUGGUUCUGGCUUUGGCCAACACCAUUAUUAGCAGCUACGAUGUGACUUAUGGUGGAGGCAAGAACCUCUCCAGCAACAUCGGUCGGGCCGCAGCACAAUUGGACCUCUGCCAGAGCUUCCAGCCAUUCAACAUCCGCUACUCAGACACCGGGCUGCUGGGGAUGUACUUUGUGACCGAUAAACACAACAUCGAGGACACGCUGCACAUAGCUCAGGCAGAGUGGAUGCGACUUUGUACUAGCGCAACAGACAGCGAACUGGUCCAGGCUAAGAAGGCUCUGAAACACGCCCUUGUGGCCCAGCUGGAUGGCACAACCCCUGUGUGUGAGGAUAUCGGGCGCCAAGUCUUGGCUUAUGGCCAGCGCGUUUCUCUGGAGGAAUGGAAUGCCAGGAUUGAUGCCAUCAGCGCUAAAACAUUGAGGGACGUCUGUUCAAAGUAUAUCUAUGACAAAUGUCCUGCUGUGUCUGCAGUUGGUCCCAUCGAGCAGCUCCCUGACUACAAUCGUAUCCGCAGUGCUAUGUACUGGCUGCGUUUCUAAUCUCCAUCCGGUUGGAGGAUACUUUUUCGCUUUUGG